UUUCAAAAGCAGGGAUACGUAGCAGCAUUGCAGCAAUAUCUCAAGCAACGAUAUUUUCUGAAACAUCUACCUAGAAAAAUCAUUCAAAUUCGAAAGCAUCGAGGAGAGACAAUCGAUCCUUCGGCGAACGCCGAAUCGACCAUCGAUUCAUCGAUCAAGCUGUUCCUAACCACACGUGUAUUCUUUGUAUUGCAGCCGGCUGUGUAUUCGAGCCUUCUGGAAGCGUUCCGAGUGGAGUGAUUAUUUUGGGGAGGCACGUGGAAUGCACGAAGAUGUCAAAAAAUUCGUAUAUCAUAUCCGAUGAUGCGAUGAAGUCAAUGGCCCUGGCAAUACCGCCGGAUUCUCCCAAGAAGCCUGUGAAAUCCACCGCGGUGGUGAAAUAUUCCGCGGUGCCGACACCGGCGACCUACGCUCAAUUACAAUGUAACACAGACCUGAACAUGCCGCCUAGCAAUUGGCUCAGCAGCUCGGCGGAGAGUUACGGCCUGCAGAACGUUUGGUCCCAGAGCACGGGGUUCUCCAGCUUUCGCAUGGCGCACAUGUUUCCAGACUGUGUCGGUGAGGUUGACGUAGUGUCCGACGCGGAAAACAUCAAGAAGUUACUCAAGCUGCCUUACAAUCACGGUGUGAUCUCGAUGAUGGUGCAUCGUAUCGAGAACACGUUGCUGCUGGACGACUUUGACAUCCACAAGUAUCUGCUGAGGCAAGCCGAGAACGACUGGGAAUGGCUGAAGAAGUUCUUCUACGAGCACAUCUUUCAGAACCUCGGUGACACGGAGAAGCGGCUGUUUCACAAGGCGUACAGCCGAAGUAGCUUGCAGCAGAGGAACUUGGUGUCCAAAUUUCUCUAUCACUCCAUCGUGCUGGCGGACACCGAAAAGCAGAAUGAGAAGCCCGAGUUACCUGUUAAAACGUUAGAACCAUGCCUGCCUGAGCCGACGCAGGAGGAGAAAGUACCUGAUCCGAGUUACAAUCAUAAUUUCGCGCGGAACGUUGUGUGGACGUUCGAGAAUAUACAGAUGCUCGUCGGGACUGACAUGCCGAUAUUCGGCGGCCAGACGCAUCCGUGCAUAAGCUUACGUUUAAGGGACAUGUCGAAACCCAUCAACGUUUUGACGGGGAUCGACUACUGGUUAGAUAACUUAAUGUGCAAUGUUCCCGAGGUAGUGAUGUGUUACCAUCUGCACGGUAUCGUGCAGAAAUACGAACUGAUCAAGACCGAGGAUCUUCCGAACAUGGAUCACUCCAAGUUCAGUCCAAAGGUGAUCAGAGAUGUAGCCCAGAAUAUCCUGAGUUUCCUGAAGAACAACGCGACCAAGGCUGGUCACACUUACUGGUUGUUCAAAGGUAAGGAUGACGACGUUGUGAAGCUAUACGACCUAACGUCACUGUGCAGCGACGUCUCCGAGGACAAGGGGCAGAAUCCCUUCACCGUGCCGGUCGCAAUGCUGUUGUACAGGGUGGCUCGCAAUAUGAAGUACUCUGCCGACUACCAUCGCCACCAGGGCACGAUCAGGAUGCUGCUGAAGAAUUGCGUUCAGCUGUUAGCCAAAGAGAAAUACCCGCAGAUCGUUACGUCCGCCCACUUCAUGCUUUCGGACCUGUACGUGCCCUCGGACACGGAUCCAGCCAGUCCGGGACUGUCGGAUCAGAGCGACGAGGAAGACGCGCACAGCGAGUGCAGUACGAAUCAGGAAACUGAGAAGGAGGAAGAGGAGGAGGAGGAGGAAAAGGAGGAGGAGGAAAAGGAAGAGGAGGAGGAACAGGUGGUGGAGGAGGAGGAAGAAGAAGAAGAAGCUUGUGCUGCGAUUAAGUCCUUGACCUUAGCCAAUAUGAAGGAGCGGACGGAACGCGAGCAGCCGAAGUUCAAAGCGCCGCCGAUCUCCGGCACGAUCGAGGAGAGAUGUCUGUCCGGCUUGGAGCACGUCACCCACGGCCUCGAGUGCCUUCAGUACUUCUCGACGGAGGACAACAGCGACGAGGAGCAGAAGAGGGCGGAGGAGCGCGAGAAGGAGAGACGCGAGUACGAGGAGACCCAUCCGAACGUGGCGAAGCCGUUCCAGGCGAUCCCGAUGCCGUACGCGCCGCUGAACCGAGCGGACGUCACGGAGCCGGUGACGGAGAGUCCGGAGAGCUCUCACAGUCCCGCGCACAAGAAGAAGGCGAGGCAGAAGCGGAAGAAGAGCGAGAAGAGCGUGGUGGUGGAGGCGACGUGCGAGAACGCGCUGCUCUGCAAGCCCAACACGCAAACCUUGCCGACGUGGCAGGCGCCGAAGAAGAGCGACAACAUCAGCUGGAACGCCCACCUGAAGACGCUUCUGUACGAGAAGGCGUCCUUGAUAUUCGCCGUGUUGGCCGAGAAGGAGUACGUGAACAAGAAUUACGGCGCCUCGCUGAGGUACGUGUUGGAGGUGCUGUACUGCCAGAAGAUACUGGAGAUCUUCUGCGACGUGAGGAACAACAAGUCCAUCAGCUACCUGCUGGGUCGCGCGGGAGACUGCUGCUUCAUGGUCGUGCAGGACUGGGCCAACGUGGAGAAGCACCGGAAAGACUACGAGACGAAGAACGAGGCGGAGGAGAAGAUGGUCGAGGAGCUGUACAGAAUGGAGGACCUGGACAUGAACACUGCCGAAUUGCUCCCGACAAGUCUGGACAGCCUGGAGUCCACCCUGAUCUCCUCCCACAAGUGUUACAACAAGGCGUUGGCGUUGGAGCCGACGGACAUGGACCGGAAUAAUCUUCUGAGGCGACUGGGGAACAUUCACAACGAGCUCGGGGUCCUCUUCAUGAAUCAGGCGGGCGGUACUUUCCAGAUGGGAGCGCUGGGCCAGCACGAAAACCGAGCUGGCGAUUCGCCAAGUUCCAUGGACGUGACCACGCUUCUCACGUGUUCGCUGAACCACCUGGAGUCCGGCAUCAAGGCCUUCGAGGCGGUCCACGACGAGGCGAAUCUGGCACUGCUGCACUCGAACACGGGCCGGCUCAUGCGUCUCUGUGCGCACAUGCACGCCAAGCAGAACACCCAGGAGCGGCAUUUCUACAGCAAGGCGCUCGCGAGUUACCAGAGGGCCCUGCAGGUCCUGGGCGACAGGAAGACGAACCCGCCCAUUUGGGACACGGUAACGUGGGACCUGUCCACCACGUUGUACUCGAGGGCCACGAUGUUGCAGGACUACCCCAUUGCUGGGCAAAAGAGCGAGGAGGAGUUGGAAAGGGAGGUGGUCGAUAUGCUUCAGAAGGCGCUGAAGCAUUGCGACGUGGACACGCCGGGGCCGCAGCAACCGGUCUACCAAUUCCGAGCCGCGAACAUCCAGCACCGGCUGGCUUCGUUGUACCACCGUGUAUACCGGGAACUCGAGUCGGACGCGGACAACACGAAGAGGAAGACGAGCUUGCAGCUGUGCAAGCUGUAUUACGACAAAGCGGCGAAGCUGUUGCUGUCGUUGGAGCAGACGAAGGAGUUCCUCACGCUGCAACUGGAGAGAGUCGCUCUGUCGGAGUAUCAAGCGCGCAAUGGCACGACUUUCAACGGCAAACUGAAGGCUUACCAGAACGGCUUGGACUUGAUCCUGCAAUGCGUGCCGAUAAUGGAGAUGCUCUGCGAACGGAGCAACGCGACAACGAAAGGCAAGUCUAAGGGGGCCGAGGAAGGUGACACGGAGGAUGUCGCUGCGCGUGAAGAAGCGGCCGAGGAGCAGAAGCUGAAGGACGAGGAGGAGAACCUCGUCGUGCUGCUCGAGCAGAGGGUGCAGUUCAUUUUACGGUCGUUAACCAAGUUGUUUCUCAGCAAAAGCCCCGGAUGCAACAGGAAAGAGAGCGAGACCCUCGGCAAUCUGUAUAGACAGUGUUACGCGCGUACCUUGCGAGCGGACGCGAUGUCCGGAUUCGCUUUAGUGAAGCACAUGACGAUUCUUCUACGAGAACUCAGCGGUACGUUGCCGCGGCCGGAGCCGACGACUUAAUCGACGUGUCGGUUAGCAGCUCGCGUUCGCUUAACGGCAACGCAAGAAACUGUAAUUAUGUAUGAUACCGGAGCAGCUGCUCUUUGGACGAUCGACGAAGCGAUCUUCGAUCUUCUAAAGUCGUGCAGUGACUGUAUAAAGGAGAACGGAGGCGGUGUCGUUACCUUAGAUAGCGAUAAAAUUCAUGACGAAGGCCGACGACGCUUUUCAGUUAGAGAAAUCCGCUGAUGAAGGUCUGAUCCGUUGUUAGAUUUAAUUCGGCCCGAUUUGUUUGUAUGUAUAAUUGCAUGGUCAGACCUGAACCCGGCCCGGAUCGCUUUGUUGACGAGAAACUGAUCCGGGCCAGGCUCAGAUCUGGCUCGGCCAGAACGGAUAUAAAUCUGGCCAGAUUUUGAGUCUUAGCGGAAUGGCCGACUUAUAAUUUUAAAAUUAGAAAAUGCUUUACGUCCUAAAUAUUGGUCUGAAUGAUCAAUUUUUUAAUUUUUUUUUUUUUUAAUUUACACAGUGGUUUGUCAUCAAUCACAAACAGUUUUUUGAUUUAAGAUUCCAGGCAUAAGACAGUCAUUGUGCGUUACCCAAGACAGAGACUUGAAGUUUCUGAUUACUCGCUAUGACCGACUUUGUUUGAUAACGUCAGAAGCGAGAAAACGCAUGCCAAGAAUUCUCGCGUUAUACGCUCAAAUAAAAAGAUACGUCCACAAAAUUCGCGAUCGAUUCAGCGCGCUUAUAAAAUUGUCCCAACACUUUUCUUCCACUCGAGCUUCAUUGAACGCGGGAUAUCACUACACAUAUGCGUAGCAUCAAACAAGGACAAUCACAGAGCGAGUAGUCAAAGAGCUUUAAGGCCCCUCGAGCCGACAAGUCGGCCAUUCUGCCGAGGCCCUUACAUUUAACAAUGAAUCGGGCGAGGUCAGGCCUCAUUGGGGCUUCAUUCGCGAGGCUCUGUUUACAGCACAUCGCAGUGUGACUGUGCAGUGAGAAAGAGGAAACGAUCGUUUUUAAUCUGUCCUAUGUAAAUAAAAUGUAUAUUUUUAUUCCGAGAAUAAAGAAAUAGCUCGCCACGCAGAAACGUAGUUUCCAGGGGCAGUUUUUCCGACUUGCGGAAUAGUCAACCGCGCCAUUUUCCACGCGGGAAAAUAAUCAUUACCUAUCGAAAUCUCUCAGGGAGGAUGUCUCGCGUGUCCUCUCGGU